AUGCUGUUUGGAGAAAGGCCGUUCUGGUGGAUCGGGGAAUCACGUCUGUUCGUCGACAAGCAGCCCAAAGUUCAACAGUUUUCCUCCACCUGUGAAACCGGCCCAGGGAGUCCGUCGGGACACGCGAUGGUGACGGCGGCAGUCUGGUGGGUCGUGGUGUCCUCGCUGGGCUCGUUCCUGUACUCGCGGACUCACAGCGUGCUGUUAUCAGCCGCUCCCUACCUGCUGUACGGGGUGAUGCUGGUGGCCGUCGGGAUCUCCAGGGUCUUCAUCCUCGCUCACUUCCCUCACCAGGUCGUCGCCGGCUCCAUUACAGGUUUCAUUUUGGGGAUCGUUUUGGGCCGCAGAGUACCAGAAGGUCGCCCCCUGCUGUUCUUCUUCAGCCUCAGCAUCGGUCUUCUGCUCGGCACGCUGGUGCUGCACGCCGGCCUGCAGCAGCUGGGAAUCGACCUCUCCUGGUCUAUUGUUUUGGCUAAGAAAUGGUGCAGCCGAGCGGAGUGGAUUCGUUUGGACACGGCUCCGUUCUCCUCCCUGACUCGGGACUGCGGGGCCCUCCUGGGUUUGGGUUUGGCUCAGUACUGGAAGCCCGGCGGAUGGUCCCUGCCCUGGGCUCCGCGGGCUUUGUCUCUGGCCUUUGCGUCCAUGGGACUGUACCACAUCCAUCGCCUGCCGCUCCCCGUCCGACCGCAAGGCCUCUUCUACGGCCUCUUCUUCGUCAAGUUCGUCAUGGUGCCUCAGAUCGUCAUGGUGAUGGUGCCUGGGCUGGUUCACCUGUUCACAAACAAAAAGAAGAAGGACUAGAAACUCUUUUCUCUCCGUGUUGGAGGCGUUUCUUUGAAACCUCCGAGGACUCUAGCUUUGUCUUGGAUUCCUGUACGCACUUUAAAUGCCUUUGUUCUGUAUUUCACGGGGAAAGGUCAAAGUUGGUUACUCCAAUUUUGGGUUUUUUAUUUGUUUUCUGAGAAUUCAACUGGCAGGGAUCUUCAUUAACCCUUUGAAAGUUGCUCAAAAAGUGGCUUGAUUUCUUUCAAAAACAUGAGAAGAUGGCAAUGA